CUAGAGUAAAUUUCAGGAAGCAGGGACGAAGGGGUUACGGUCAAUUACCCCAAACCUGUUUGGCGCCACAUUUCCAAUUAACUGGAAUAAAAAAAAAAAGAGAGGGAAAAAAAAUCCACUGCCGGCCUAGCUCCAGUCUCCGAUCGCACGCUCACCGCGACGCCGAGAGCAAAAUCAGACUCUGAAGCAGCUCGGUCCAGUUCCAGUUCCAGUUUCGAAAAUUUUCAGCCAUGUCAGAAGCAAUCGCCGUCAUGGAUAUUGACGACGACCAUGGCAACAAUGAAGCUGGGAAAUCCGUCAAGGGCAAAAACGUCGCUGGUCCUGCCGCCGCACCAGACGGCAAAGCUAUACCCUGGGUUGAGAAGUUCCGGCCCAAGUCUCUCGCCGAUGUUGCUGCUCACCGUGACAUUGUUGACACCAUUGACAAGCUGACCAGUGAGAAUAGGCUGCCACAUCUCCUGUUGUACGGCCCUCCUGGAACUGGCAAGACAUCAACUAUUCUAGCGGUUGCGCGCAAGCUUUAUGGAACGAAUUUCCAUAACAUGAUAUUGGAGCUAAACGCCUCAGAUGAUAGAGGGAUAGAUGUUGUGAGACAGCAGAUCCAAGAUUUUGCAAGUACCCAAAGCUUUUCAUUUGGGGCAAAAGCAUCUGUAAAAUUGGUACUGUUGGACGAGGCAGAUGCCAUGACUAAAGAUGCACAGUUUGCUUUACGUAGAGUGAUUGAGAAAUAUACGAAAAAUACAAGGUUUGCCCUUAUCUGUAAUCACGUCAAUAAGAUUAUUCCAGCAUUACAAUCGAGGUGUACCCGUUUUCGAUUUGCUCCCCUUGAUAAUUUUAAUGUCACUGAACGACUCAGAUAUGUUAUUGAAGCUGAGAGGUUGGACGUCACUGAGAGUGGCUUAGCAGCUCUUGUUCGACUUUGCAAUGGUGAUAUGAGAAAGGCUCUAAACAUUCUUCAGUCAACGCAUAUGGCUUCUCAGCAAAUUACUGAAGAAGCUGUAUACCUAUGCACAGGAAACCCAAUGCCCAAAGACAUUGAGCAAAUAUCAUUUUGGCUGCUGAAUGAACCAUUUGCUGACAGUUUUAAGCGAAUAUCUGAAAUGAAGACCAGAAAAGGAUUGGCUUUGGUUGAUAUAGUUAGAGAAGUCACUAUGUUUGUUUUUAGGAUCAAGAUGCCAUCGGAUGUAAGAGUUCAGUUGAUUAAUGAUCUGGCUGAUAUAGAGUACAGGAUGAGUUUUGGAUGCAAUGACAAAUUGCAACUCGGAUCACUCAUCUCAUCUUUUACUCGAGCUAGAUCUGCACUCGUUGGCGGCGCAGAGUAGGAAAUUUAGGUCCAGAGUAUCACGUUUUGCUCACCAACCAUCUGUUGCCCGUGUGCAUUGAUUAGGUACGAACAUGUUCUUCAUUUGACUUCCAGCUUUUGGUGGAAAAAAGUAUAUGCUGACAUUGAUGUUCUGUGAAUGUAAAAACUUUUAAACUUUGAGAAAGUCCACAAAGAAGGGUCAGAUAACAUUUAAAGUAUUUUUUUGUUCUUGGUGGAAUGGUUCACUUCCAAUAUUUCGGCACAUGCUUAUCUAUAACAGUAGAUCUCUACAACCACCCAUUUUUUGUUCUCAUGCGUGCAGAAAUUGUUUAUUGUGUAUUUUUGUUAGCUUUAGAAUA